AUCCCACAGACGGAAUCCUCCGCCGCCGCCUUGCCGGCCUUGCCGUAUCGCAUGGCCAACUCCUUUCCGCCGGCCGAUGGCCAGUCCGACCAGCAUGAGUGGACUCCGGUCGUUUUAGAGUGUAAACACAUCGGGAAACCAGACGGUACUCCGCUCCAACUUCAUCUUCACUGCAGGCCAAAUCGUCCAAGAACUAAUGCUCAUCAACAACACCGAACAAACACCACCACCACCACCACCACCGACCGGCCUUGGGUGCCUCCCGAAGCCGAAGCGACCAAGGUGGUACGCCUGACCAAGAUGCUCUCGCCGGACGAUCGCCUAGACGACGAGUUCGAAGACCUGGUGGAGGAUGCCAGAGAAGAAGCGCGCAAAUUCAGUAACCUUGUGAAGGUCGUGAUCCCGCGGCCCAGCUCCGGCAGUAAUCCGGCGGUUGCUGGAGUCGGGAAGGCGUUUCUGGAGUACGCGUGCCUCGACAGCUCGUCCCAUUGCAGGAGGAGUAUGGAUCGUAGGUGGUUUGCUCGGAGGCGAAUUGCUGCUGGGUUCUACCCUGAGGACAUGUUUGCUGCUGGAGACUACGGCUGUGACGUAGACUGCCCCGAAGAUGAUGGAUAAUGUAUUUGGUAGUUAAUUAAUCUCUUAUUUCUAGUGGUAGCGCUCCUUCGGCUUGGAGAUGGACUGGCAUAGGUGGUGGUCGUUAUUUGGCGUCAUGGUGGCGUCGAUGGCGGAGGAACCUGCCAAGGUUGGUACCUCAAUCUGUUCUGAAGAUGGACAAGUAGAAGAUGGUGAUGACAACACAUGUGAGUGUGUCGGAUCUUGUGAAGCAAUUUAUGUGUCUUUCAAAAAAUUAAUCUCUUAUUUCUAGUGCAAGCAUGGAUCUUGUGUAGCAAUUUAUGUGUCUUUCAAACAUUAUACUACAGUUUUAUUAAUACCUCAUUAUGGAAAUUGUGUUUGACUAGUACAAAUGCCCGUGCGUUGCACCGGGCAAAAAAGGGAGCACAACCUGCUUCAUGUGCCAUUGUGGACCAUCUUUACAUCCAAUUUUAAUAAACACCGAUGAUAAGGUUAAACAUGAAAACUUUCUUACUAUUAAUAAAAGUUAAAUUUUUCAUUAAAAUUGGAACACUUUUUUGAAUAGUUAUGUUUUAUGAAAUUCAAACAUUUCUCAAAAAAUAACAUUCUUUUGAACACAUUUUGUUUUUGUUGUACAUUUCUAAAUGGAAAUGUUUUUAGUAAAAAUGGAAUUUUUUAGGGAAUUUUGAAUCUUUUUUAAAAAGUGCAAACAUAUUUUUUUCAAACAAAAAUAGUGUGAACAUAUGUAAAACUGUGAACAUUUUUAAACUAUAUAUACUGUGUUAGGUUUUUUUGCAGAUAGUUUUUUUAGAGCAUUUUUAGGGAAUUUUACAAAUAGCUGGUUGUUUGGUUGGGAAGAGUAUUUUCUCUCUUUUUUUUCAAGUAUUUUGGCUUGCCCAAAACAAAGCACUUCUCAGCAGCCAGACACUCAGCCUCGUCACAAUCAUACGCACUCUGCUCCUCCAUGACAAAUCGAUAUUGCGCCGCCUCCGUCCGCAUCACCACCUUCUCCUCCUGCAGAUUGGUGAUCAUGGCCAUGGCCUG